AUGGCGCCUAGCGGUCGAAGCUACCAAAUUUCGGCGACGCCUGCGGCGAUUUUAGCACAUUUGAUAGCCAUAGCAGUGACGACCCUAGUGUUGGUUUGGCUCCUGCACUUCCAAGACGGCUUCGCUUUCAAGUCCUUAAACAAACUGAAGAUUUUCAACUUACAUCCUUUUCUAAUGAUAGUUGGGCUUAUAAUUAUGGGAGGUGAAGCAAUGAUGGCAUACAAAACAGUGCCUGGAACAAGGAGAGCACAAAAAGGAGUCCACGUGAUAUUGCAUCAACUAGCUCUGCUCGCUGGUGUUUUAGGCACAUAUGUAAUUUUCAAAUUUAAACAUGAAGAUGGCACCACCAAAGAUUUUGUCACCUUACAUACCUGGCUGGGCAUUAUCACCAUAUCUGCAUAUGGUUUGCAGUUUUUGCUCAGUUUCUUUACCUUUUUAUUCCCGGAAGCCGCAGCGCCAAGAAAAGCAACGAUUUUACCAUGGCACGUAUUUUUCGGCAUGGCGAUAUUUCUGUUAGCAAUAGGCACUGCCGAGACGGGACUUGUUCAAAAAUCGAUUGCCUUGAAAUUGAACUUGAAGAUUAGCCAAGAAGGACUCAUAGUGAACUUCAUUGGGCUGUUGAUUUCUCUAUUUGGUGUGAGUGUUGGCCUCAGUGUAAUCCUUCCAAGACGGGGCUAUUAUUAG